UUUUAUCACGAGAUUCAUGAGAGCAUGCGAAAGGAUCGACUGAGAUUAUCUCACACCACUCAGUCCUGAUCAGGAAGUGGGCGUAUGCAGAAGAGACCACCAACAAGAGCCUCGCGAUGCGGAAUUCCUUAUUCGCCCUUUGCGGCCUUGCAGCUUUGCACACUGUGGGCGCUGCAGCUAACGUUGUCAAGGGAAAGGUCUUUGACAGAUUCAUCACCAUUUGGCUGGAGAAUCAGGACUUUGCCAAGGCUGCGGUAGACAAAAGCAUUGCCGACCUGAAGAAGCAGGGAGUCCUGCUCUCGAGAUACUAUGCGCAAACACACCCAAGCCAGCCAAACUAUCUCGCUGCCAUUGCCGGUGACUAUUUCGGACUCAAUCAUGACUACGAAGUCAGAGUCCCGGAGAAUGUAUCAACGGUAGUUGACCUGCUCGAUACCCGUGGCAUCUCAUGGGGCGGAUACUUUGAGGACAUGCCCGGCCCCGGCUUCAUGGGUAACUACAGCGAUGGUUCCACGCACAACGGCGGGUGGGAUUAUGUCCGCAAGCACAAUCCCUUUGUGUCGUUUGACAGCGUCACGGCCAACGGAACGCGUCUGCUCUGCUUGCAGUCUUUUGACGAAUUCCACGACGACUUUGUGGCCAAGCGAGUGCCGCAAUUUGUGUUUAUGUCGCCCAACAUGAUGCAUGACGGACACAACACGUCGCUUGAGACGGCAACCGAGUGGUCGCAUGAGUUCUUGAAGCCCUUGUUGGACGACAAGGCCUUUGACGAGCGGACGCUCAUCCUGCUCACGUUCGACGAGUCCGAGAAUUACGGGGAGCCGAACCACAUUGUCUCCCUGCUGCUGGGCAAUGCCGUCCCCAAGGAGCUCAGGGGCACACAUGACGACACCUUUUACACGCACUACAGCAUCCUGUCUUCGGUGCAAAACAAUUGGGGACUGCCCCAUCUGGGUAGGUACGACGUCGGAGCCAAUGUGUUCCGAUUCGCGGCGGAGACGGCCAGGUACGGAGGAAACAGGGACCCGACGAACCUGGCGACACUCAACAACUCGUUGUCUUAUCCGGGCUUUCUACACAACGAAAGCUGGUUGCCUAUCCCGAUCCCAAAUUGGAGGCUCGUGGGUGCUGGUGGAAAGGGUGCCUUGCCAGCGGUCGAGAAGACGUGGCAUAUUGAAGAUGGAGUGCCGUGGAAUACGCCGUAUGAUGGGAGCGGGAAGGUGUUUGAUGGAGGCAAGAACAUGCCUAUUUACAAGCCAGCCGUGGCGAACUGAGAUGGCUACCUCUACGCUCUAUGAUUCCCGCCCCGGGACGAUGGCGAAAUAUCGCUAGACGAGCUAAGGCAUACUGGGUGCAGCUGGUUUGGUGUUGCAGGUCUGUGACUCGCGCAAAUGCUAGCACGCGACUUUCGUUUUUCCAUCUCUACCCCAUGCCAUGGUGAGCUGCACUUGCCGUUCACGUUGUUAAAGUUGUUGCACCUUCCACAGCGCUGCAGAUGUCUUACCGCUCAAGGCAGGCAACCUCUCUACUGAAGCAGGGGCAGUGAAGCAGGAAAGUUAUAAGCAAAUAGGGAAAGAGUGAUGAUGGAUCAGACCCUCAAGAUUUCCAACAUGGGAUCCAUCACACUACCAACCUACCCUAGAGGUAAGGUAGGUACUCGGUAUCAUCACUGAACCUAAGGUUCUUUCCUUUCCUUUCAGGUAGAGGUAGGU